AUGAGCAAAAGUAAAUCAACAUUAUCGGCUACUAAUCCGGCUUCUUCGACAACUGAUUCGAUUAGAAAUACCGCGUUACAAGAGCCAGCACGUCGAAUUUUACAAAAUUUUCUUUUAGUUUGGCUCGAUGCUAAUUUUGACGAAAUCAACAAAGACUUAAAAAAAUCGCUUGACCGUGUCAGGCGUGUUAUACCAUUCAUUAAAACAUUCACAGAUGCGCAGGAAUGUAUUGAUUUCCUUAGCAAAAUCAAACGGGAAAAAAUUUUCAUGAUCGUGUCUGGUUCGCUUGGACAAACAGUCAUACCAGAAAUUGAACAUUUGCCACAAUUAGACUCGGUCUAUGUAUAUUGUGGUAAUGAAGAAUUCCAUAAAAAAUGGGCCCAAAAAAUAUCUAAAAUAAAAGGGGUGUAUAGUAAUAUCGAACCGAUUCGCAAUGCACUAAAAAUCAAUCGUGAAAAUUGCGAUCGCGAAACAACUAAGAUUAGUUUUAAUGGUAUCGAUCCAAUUUUUAUGUAUACGCAAUUGUUGAAACAAACAAUUUUGGAAAUUGAAGACGACGAUAAAGAAUCGAUGAAAGAGCUCGCUGAGUAUUGCCGCUUUCAGAAAAUUAUCGAUGAAGAACAAAUCGAUAAAAUGGAACAUGAAUAUUACGAUCAUACACCGAUUUGGUGGUAUACAGCACCUUAUUUUAUUUAUUCAAUGCUUAAUGCUGGUCUUCGAGAAAUGGACAUCGAUAUUAUAUUGAAAAUGAACUUUUUUAUUCGACAUUUACAUAAUGAUAUCGAUAAGUUACACGAUGAACAACAAGCUUCUUCUAAGAACACUACUCCGUUUCCCGUAUAUCGUGGUCAAGGUUUAUCAUUGGAGAAUUUUGAUAAAAUGCAACAAAAUAAUAAAGGUGGAUUAAUGUCUUUUAAUAAUUUUCUUUCUACUAGUCUGAAUCGUGAAACGUCACUUGAAUUUGCACGUGCACCAGUACUUAAAAAAGAUUCCGAUAUGGUUGGAAUUCUUUUUGUAAUGACUAUUGAUCCUGUCGUAUGUGCAAAAUCAUCGAUACCUUAUGCAGACGUAAAAGAUGUUGGGUUCUUCAAAGCCACAGAAGCUGAAAUACUUUUUACAACACAUUCAGUAUUUCGUAUUGAUCAUAUUAAAAAAAUUUCUGAUACUCAAACGGAUCGUCUAUGGGAAGUUCGUCUUACUCUCGUUGGUAAGGAAAACAACGAAAUGAACGAAUUAACUAAACAUUUAGGUAAAGAAAUAUCAGGGGAAACUGGAUGGUCACGAUUAGGUGAUAUACUAAGGCGGUUGCGUGAAUCCGAGAAGUGUGAACAACUGUACAACCUACUUCUUGAAAAAGCAACUACUGAUCAACAACGAACAGAAUACUACAAUCAACUAGGAAGGUUGUAUUGUGACAUGAACGAGAACUUAAAGGCACUUUCAUCGUACGAACAAGCAAUUGCAAUAAGUAAAAAAAAUUUCGAUAUACCUUUAAUGGCUAAUAUCUACAGCAACAUCGGUGAAGUGUAUCGACAAAUGGGCGAGUACUCGAUGGCACUUUCGAAAUUCAAUACAUCAAUUGAACUUAAGGAGACAUUUCUUCCUUCAGACGAUCCCAGCUUCGCUCCUACGUACAACAAUCUUGGUCUGGUGUAUGCUUCCAUAGAAGAAUACGCGACAGCACUUUCUUAUUAUGAAAAAGACUUAGAAAUCAGUAAGAAAAUACUGCCUCCGAAUCAUCCAGAUUUGGCUGUUUCCUACUGUAAUAUCGGUGAUACGUAUCUGCGCAUGGAAGAAUACUCAAAGGCACUUUUAUACUACGAACUAUCGCUUGAAAUCCGAAAAAUAGCUCUUCCUCCGAAUCAUCGCUAUUUGGCUAGUUCGUACUGCGGUAUUGCUCAUGCAUAUAACGCUAUGAACGAGUAUUCUAAGGCAAUUCAAGCAUAUGAACGACAACUUGAAAUUGAAAAAAUAAAUAUCCCUUCGGAUCACCCAGAUUUGGCUAUUCCGCUCACCAAUCUUGGAUUCAUAUAUAUGAGCAUGUUUAAAUUCUCAAAGGCACUUUAUUAUUAUGAAAAAGCAUAUCAGAUUGAUAAGAAAACUCUCUCGCCAGAUCAUCCACGUUUAUCUAGAACCAUACAGGCCAUUGGCAUUCUGGAAAAAGCUGUCGUGAUACAUCCAGAAUCAGAUCCGAUUGGGUCUGAAGAUGAAAGUAAAGAUGUAUGA